CCGGGUACGCUUUAUCUCAUCGUUAAGGGAGCGGCUAGGUGGCCAAUCCGAAUCGAACCCAAGAGGGGGAACUCACCGCCGUGAGCCCUUUACCAACUGGACCAACGUGGGUUGGUUUUACUCUUUAAUCCUUCAACCUCCCGCUUCCACAACUCUCGCUCGCUGGAUCCUCACCUUCCGGUGAAAAUCUCUCACAGUUGAAGGACAUUCUUGUUACAAUUUGGUUAUAAGGACGAAGCCAUGAAGAGUCUGAUAUGGUUAACAGCAGAAGAGGCUGCAAAGAACAGAGGAAAAGUUCUUUCUUUGUAUCGACAAUUACUUCGGAGCAUCAACUCGCCGAAAUUGCAGCUUAGUUAUGCUGCAAGACUUGCAAAGAAAGCUGAGGUUAAGACCAUCUUCUUGUUUGGCUCCGAGGAGAUUUCGAAACACAAUGUCGCUGAUCUCAUCCGUACCGCUGAAUAUGCUCUUUCUCAGUUGAAACAAGGCAAAAUCCCCAACAACACCACUCAGUAUUGAGUCAUCAUUGUCACUCUCACUCUCAUUAUCACACACGUUCAUGGAUAUAUAUGGCUUAGCUUGCUGCUCUUUUCAAUCUUGGUCCCUUUCAUGUAUGUGACUAUGUUGCAUGUUCUUAGUAUUACAUGAUGUUGGUUUAGCAAACAUGAUGUAUGUUUUUGCAUAAUGCUCAGUAUAUCCCAAUAAUCAUUAAUUAAAAGUUUGAGAAUAA